AUGACAACAAAAGGCGCAGCGGAUGACCUAUUCGGUGGACUCAGUGACAGCGAUAACAGUGAUAACGAAAACGAGGUUGAAAAUGAGAAAUCCAAUGUGGCGAUUCUUCAAGACUUGGAAAUGAGCAGUGAAGAUGAACAGACUAUUCGUGAAGAUUCGCAGCGGGUAGAACUUUCCCCAAACCAAAGCAUGGAAUCCGUCUCUCAAGAAGACUACCAAGAACAACAUGCUGUCUCUAAUCAAUCAGAAAAUGGAUAUUCGAGCAGCGCGCCUACGGUAUCCAGCUCUUCAAGUUUUUCUUCAUACUAUAAUGAACCAAUUGCUACAAAUGAAACAACAAAGUCUCCUGAUCGAAACUAUGACACACUCGACGUCGGCGAUCCCUACCUUGACGAAACUCAACAAAUGGAAAUCGAUGCAAAUGCAAAUUUAGUUCAACCAACAAAAAAUUCGAGCUAUCAAGCUCCUCAAAUAGCAAACGCUUCAAUGUUCUCAUCUCGAUCGGAGCAUAAAGCAGCCGCUACAAGACGUGGAUCUUCUUUUACUGAUAAGAGUCUAGAACAAAAUACUGUUGAUACUGGUGUCAAGGAGGAAGUCAUCAUUGCACGAGAACUUCUUAUAGCGAAUUUAACAAGAGAGCAACUGGACCGCUACGAAGCUUUCAGAAAAUCCAAGUUCCGAAGACAACCAAUCAAAAACAUUAUCACUGAAGUGACUGGAUCUGCUCCAACGGAGACUGUGGCUCUUGCUAUUUCCGCACUAGCAAAGAUGUUCAUUGGUGAGAUAGUUGAAGAAGCAGUGGAAAUACGGGAUGCUUCGAAUGAAGGAACCAAGCCCAUUCAGCCCCACCAUGUCAAUACAGCAUUCAAAAAGUUGUAUCAGGAGGGCAAACUCUGGCCACCGUAUGGACAGAAAUAUUAA